AUGGCAGCGGCCUCACGGCCAAACCUUGAAAAAGCCACAUGGUUGGGCCACGUGCAGCGUUUGCGCGAAUUGCUUGAUGAAGAGUGCUCUGAAGUGCAGAGAAGCUUAUCUGAACAUACCUGUGGCAACCAGUGGGAUGCAGAGAUGGAUAAGAACGAAAUCCCUUGCCAAAAGGAGGAAGCCAACGAUGCGUCCGAUGCGAAUUCGAAUGUUUGUAGCGCGAUGUCUGAACUGCAAUCAGCUUGGAAGGGCGGAGAAGCCAACGAGGUCGUAGCACUGAUCCAAUCUGCUUUGGCUUUGGUGGGCGUUUACGAAAAGAACGCAAGCAGAUCUGCUUGCGGAAAGGCUAAUGAGGAUGUGGAUGGUUUGAAGGCUGCCGCAACAGCAGAACUGGCAGCCAUUGAGCAGAAAGUGGAGGAAGCUCGCAAAGUUGCACAACGCCGUGAGGAGGAGAAAAAACCAAGUGUCAAAAGUCUUUACCUCGGCCUUUCGCUCGCAAUGGUUAGCACCGACAUUGAAAGCCCGCACUUUGGGAACUUCAACGGCAUCAGCGCUGCUCAAAUUCGCUUAGGCUUCAUUCGAAAAGUCUACGGCAUUGUAUGUGCACAAGUCACCGCCACGGCCCUUUUUGCAGCCCUUUGCUGCGGACCAUUGCAGCAUCCAGUCACAAGCUUUGUCAUGCAUUGGCCUAGCACUUUUCGGUGGGGAUCCUUGAUUGCCACAGGCCUCUCACUGUUUCUAUGCUACACCGGCAAGAACAGUUUCCCGAUGAACUUCUACGGUCUUUGUCUUCUCACUGCUGUCAUGGCUUGCGAUGUAGGUGCAGUGAUAUUUUGUGCAUACCUGGUUUUCGACACAUGGCGCAUUGCAAAUGAGCUGGAAGUGGAUGAUUAUGUGGAGGGCGCUGUCCAGUUGUACAUGGACAUCAUCAAUCUGAGCUGCGGCAAAGGCUCAAAACCCAAGAAGAAGCACGGGAGAAAGGAUGUGAGGACCAGUGACCAUGGUCAUUGUGAGUGGCGCGCAUUUCGCAUUUGCGCCAAGAUGCCCACAGGAAGCCGCGUCCAAAGCCACGUCUAA